GCGUGGCGCAUGGGCAGUGCGGGGCCUUUCCAGCGAGAGGGGGGGCGGCUCUGCUAAUUCCAUUGUGGAGCGGAGACGGCGAUAUUUUUAACUGGAGGCGGCGGAGAAAGCGGCGGCGAGGCUGGGCCGGGUGGGGCCGAGCGGCGGACGCGAAGGAGAAGAAGAAGAAGGAUGCUCCGGGCGGCGAGCGGCCGCUGAGGAGCGGCGGCGAGGGAGAGAGAGGGCCGAGCCGGGCAGCCGGGUGAGUGACUGCAAAGCGAGCGGGGUCUUGCGGCAAGAGCCGCCCCAGAGGGCCGCGCCUCCCCUUCGUCGCCUUCGCCCUCUUUUCCUCCUCCGCUGCUCCUUUUUCCCGGCCCCGAGAGGGACAUGAAGCUCGGCAGCGGCUUCCUGGGAGGCGGCGGCGGUGGCGGCUCUUCUUCCUCCUCCUCCUCCAAGAGGGCGGCGAUGGAGCCCACCUUCCCCCCCAGCAUGGUCAUGUUCAACCACCGCCUGCCGCCCGUCACCAGCUUCACCCGGCCAACCGCGCCCCCGCAGCAUUGCGGGCUGGCUUUGGCCUCCGCCUCGUCCGCCAACUCAUCGUCCUCGUCCGCCGCCGCCUCGUCGUCGUCUUCUUCCUCCUCCUCCUCCUCUUCCACCGCGACCACCGUAACUGCCGCCGAGCCCCCCGCCCCACCGCCGCCGCCUCCUCCUCCUCACCCUCAGGGCAUGACUUUCAAGAAAGAGCCGGCGGGGGGCUUCCCUCUCACGGCCUCCUCGUCGUCGUCCCAGCGGGGCUCCUGGGGCUUCUUCCACUCGCUCAUGAAUAUCAAGCAGGAGAAGCCCAGCGACCAGGAGGAAGAGGAGCAGCAGCAGCAGCAACAACAGCACCACCACCAUCACCACCACCACCACUAUGGGGGCCUCUUUGGGAUAGCCGGGGAAGAGAGGCACCCCAACCUUGUAGGCGGCGGAAGCGGAGUGGAAGGGGCCAGCCAGAGCGUGAUCCAAGACCUCAGCCUCUUCCACCACCUGCACCAUCACCCCCACAGAGGAGACUUGCUGCUGGGCAUCCGAGGUGGUGGCGGCGAGGUGGGUGUUGGUGGCUCGGACGAGCCCAAGCUUGACGCCCAGGCCAGGAAGAUGAAGAGGCCAAAGUCGGAAUCUCAGGGAAUCAAAGCCAAGAGGAAGCCAAGCGUUUCGUCCAAGCCCCUUGCGGCGGGAGAUGGAGAAGCUGCCAUGCUGUCCCCUAGCCAGAAACCUCAUGUCUGUGAGCACUGCAGCGCUGCUUUCAGGAGCUCCUACCACCUGCGCAGGCAUGUGCUUAUCCAUACCGGUGAGAGGCCUUUCCAGUGUAGCCAGUGCAACAUGGGUUUCAUUCAGAAGUAUUUGCUGCAGAGGCACGAAAAGAUCCACAGCAGGGAGAAGCCGUUUGGGUGCGACCAGUGCAGUAUGAAGUUCAUCCAGAAGUAUCACAUGGAGAGGCACAAGAGGACGCACAGCGGAGAAAAGCCAUACAAAUGUGAAACCUGCCAGCAGUAUUUUUCAAGGACUGAUAGACUGUUGAAGCACAGACGUACAUGUGGAGAAGCCAUAGGGAAAGCAGGUGCUGGAAUGGAUCCUGGGCCAUCAAACCAUAGCAUGGGCAACUUGUCUAUGUUGUCUCAGGGAAAUACAGGUUCGUCAAGGAGAAAAAGCAAAGCAAAAUGUGUAUCCACUGAAAACAAAGAGCAUAAGCCUACUCAUAAAGUAUCUGACUCUCAGAUUGCAUCUAAUAUGACCUUGCAGAAUUAUGCGGUGGAGAUUCCUAUAGUGUCUUCCAGUGGUGGCUUAAUUGGCACUGGGAUAGAAGAACUGCAGAAAAAGGUGCCAAAAUUAGUCUUUAAAAAAGGAAACAGGAAAGGUACAGACAAGAGUUUUCUUAACUUUGUGUCACCAUUACCAGACCUUCUUGGUCAGAAACAGUUGUCUGGAAAACCAAGUGGCUCUCUUGGCAUAGUCGCAAAUACCAGUGUGGAUGCUAUUGGCCUCCUUCAAGCUGCAAAUAGUAAACCAGGUCAAAUAAGUAGCAAUUAUGACGAUGCCAUGCAAUUUUCAAAGAAAAGAAGAUACUUGCAAACUGCCAGCAGUAACAGUGCCUUUUCUAUAAAUGUUGGGCAUAUGGCCUCCCAACCGUCUGUAAUACAGUCUGCAGGUGUGAGUGUUAUGGACAGUGAAACCCCGUUAUCUCUUAUUGAUUCAUCAUCUCUAAAUGCUGACAUCAAAUCUUGCCACGAUAAGUCUGGCAUUCCUGAUGAAGUCUUGCAAAGUCUUUUAGAGCAGUACUCUCACAAAUCAGAAGGCCAGAAGGAAGAUCCCUUCAGCAUUACUGAACAGCGUGUGGACUUACAUGCCUCAGGAGAACAUACAGAGAUGGUUCAAGAGGAGAACUUGAGCCCCAGCUCCCAAACAGCUUCAAAUGACAAAGCAAACAUGUUGCAAGAAUACUCAAAAUACCUCCAGCAUGCUUUUGAAAGAACAACUAAUAGCACUGGUUUUGCUUUUGGACCCAGUUUCCAAUUUGUAAGUUUGUCUUCAAGCCUUCAUAACCAUACUUUGUUUCAAGACAAACAAAUAUACACUACAUCUCCACUUGAGUGUGGUUUCAGCCAAUCUGUUACCUCAGUGUUGCCAUCUGCAUUGUCAAAGCCUCCUUUUGGGAUGUUGCUUGGAUCUCAGCCAGGUUUUUAUUUAUCUGCUUUGGAAGCAACACAUCAACAGUUGACUCCUUCACAAGAACUAGAUGAUCUGAUAGACUCCCAGAAGAACAUAGACACUUCAUCAGGCUAUCAGUCCACACCUCAAAAAAUGAAUAGCCAGAAGGAACAAAAAAAUCUAGAAUCUUCAUCAAGCUUUCCACUUCCUUCUCAGGAACUAGCUAACCAGAUAGAUCCCCAGAAGGACCUAGAGCAUCGAGCAACAUACCAGAUAGAGACCUUUGCACAAGCAUUUGGUUCUCAGUUUAAGACGGGCAGCAGGGUGCCAAUGACUUUCAUUGCUAACUCUAAUGGGGAAGUGGACCAUAGAGUAAGGACUUCAGUGUCAGAUUUCUCAGGGUAUACAAAUAUAAUGUCUGAUGUAAGUGAGCCAUGUAGUACAAGAGUAAAGACCCCAACUAGCCAAAGUUAUAGGUAAAGUUCCAAGUAUGACUAGGCUUGGGGGUGGUCUUAAUGUAUUAGUUUUAUUUUGAUAACACUGCCAUUGGAAUGUUUCUACACAAUCCUAAUACAAAUAAUGUAACACGCCCUUUCAAUGCAACUUUUCAUUUUUAGUUUUUGUUAAAGUAAUUUUAGAUCAGUUUGUAUUAUGGUUUUUAAAUCAGAUUAAUAGACUUGAUACUUCACUUUUUUGUUGUUGUUCAUGUGACAGUGUUUAGCAAUCAAACUUACCUAUUUAGAUUGUCAGGGAAUAGCCCAAAAAGUUGAAAAUGCAAAAAAGGGAAAAAACGAAAGAAAAAAACACACAAAAAACCUUUGUUCCUAGGAUUAAGGUUUAUUUUAAUUGCUUUACUCUCAGGAAAAUGUAAUGAAGCAAGGGGAUUCUGUGCACUGUUGGUGUAUUGGAGUUUCCAAUUUACAAAUAAGUGGCAAAUCUACUUCACCAUUUAACAAAGGGAUUUUAAGACAUCAGAAAUUGCUGUCUCAUAUCUGGGUGAUACAAAAAUUCUGAGAACUUAGCUACCUACAGCUUGUUAUAGUUGUUAACAUACUUCUUUAUUUCUUCUUCUAGAUGAUGAUACUCAUUCCAGACUGGUGGGAUAGUCUCAGAUCCUUGGUAUAAGCCUGGAAUGAUAGCUUUAAUAAUAACAAUAAUGUCCACCCCAUUUUCCCCUGAAGGCUGUGAUUUUAUAAAGAGAUUUUAGCGGCAUAAUCCUCAAGAGGAGUUUUAAAGUGCCAUUUUGAUGUCAUUGGAACCCCAAUCUGAAAUUGCAGUCUUAAUUUAUAUACUUUUUGGGAAUGCAUUAUUUAUUAAAUACGGGGGGUUUUUUAAUUAAAAAAAAUAUCCCCAAUUGGCUACCAAUCCCUCUCUUCCCCCUACUUAAAUAUUCCUGUUUAGUGUCUUGGGUCUUUUUUCCUUUUUCAUCCAUUUUCAAUGCCAAGCUCACCCUCCAUGGUUUGUGAUCCUUUCCAAGUUCCUUUUAGCUCAACAGCUGGAAUUUUAGAAGAUUUACAUUCCAGAAGAUUGCAUAACUUAUUAUGUGUUUUCCGAUGUCUUGUGGCAUCAAAAGUUGAACAAUUUUUAAAAGGCGAAUGCUCCUAUUUUAGAAGGCCAUAAAGGUUUCCUUAGAAGAUACGAUAAGAAAAAAAUACUCAGUUGUACAUAAAGAGGUCCUCCAAAGUGCAUUGGGAUCUACUAGCUUAGUCAGCCAUGCCCACAUGCAGUCUUGAGUAUUUUGGGGGGUGGGGGUGGGGUUAAGAUUACAUGUGGCUAAAUGAUGUGUAGAAGGACAAUGAGGUUGGCCUAAAUGUAUGAACCAUGUGACCAAUAUGUACGUGGUUUAUUGUAACCAGAAUCUCCAAGGAAUUGUUGCUCAAAUUCAUGUAUAUUUUGUGGUACAUUAUUUAUGAUAUGUGAAUCUUAAUUAGAGCCUGUGGAGCCACGGAAACCUAUAGAAAACUUAGUGGCUAUUUUAAAAACUGCUAAAAAGCAGUUGCACUGCCCAGAACCACUUUUUUUUUGCAGAUGUAUUUUUUUUCCUAAUUAGUUUUUUUAAUGUAAUUUUGGUGAUGUUUCCGCAGAUUUUUAAAAAUGUACUUUUGGUGAUGUUUCUGUCUUGCGUACUUUCUGAAGGCAGAAAAGUACCAGUGGUUGUUUGCAGUCUUAUUGUGUAAUUGGCCUUUUGCAGGCUUCCAUGUAUAAUAAAGUAAUUAACAUUGUACAAGUGUAAAACACUUCUGUUACGAAGAUGGUGUUAAAAGAACUAUGAAUUCUUAAAUUGUUACAAAAUGUUAAAACAUACCAGUUUUCUCUUCCCCCUACCCACCAAAUCAACCUGAACACUAUUUCACCAAAUGAACCACCACAUUUAUUACUAAUGCAUAAUUAAUUAAAUCCCACUUAUUAAAACUUGAUAUGUACUUGAUUAUGUAUUUUCCAUUCUUCAAAAUAGUGCUGUUAAUUUUCCCUGCCAUCUAGGCAUAGAGCACAACUUAUCAAGGGAUGGAGUGUACUUUAACCACUGUGUUGUUCUACUAUGGGUUUUUUAAUUUGGUUUUUAAGUAUUUUGUUCCACAGCGGUUAUGGUUUUCUUUUCUUUUAUAUUGUGUAUACUGGAUAGUGUGUAUGUUCUGGGAUUGUUUGCUUUAGACUGUGACCAAUUAAAAAUGCUAUUCACAAAAAUCUAAGGAAAGAAGAUGUUGUAUUAUCUAUCCAGUUACACCUCUGGCUUUGUUAAGAAAAUUCCGUAAAAUGUUUUUAAACUAAAUUGCUGGAACAAUAGAAGGAUAACUUGCUUGCUUUUAAAGGUAUUUUUAUUGUAAAACUUCUUUAGGUGAACAAUAAAAACACUCUUUUCGUUA